UCUCUCUUCUCGCAAAAUUUUCACAUGCUCACACAACCAAAUGUGGCAAACAGUUUCCGCACUCUCACAUUCGAGAUCACAUGUAUCCGUGCGACAGCUACAGUCCAAAAUGAAAUUCAGUUAAUCAAUUAGCCGUGACAAACGCUCAAAACAACGAAUUGUUCUCUUUUUUUUUUAUUCUGGCUGUUUUAGUUUGAUUGUUGCAAUUAUUUGACGUACGAAAUUCGGGUGUCGAGAUUUUCUUCACUCCGUGUUUGUGCUGUGGUUUUUCUUCUUCUCGUAUUGCUGGACAAAAACGAAUUUAUUCACAGGCACGUGCAAAUGCUCAAUAAUUAAUUAAAAGUGAAGUGGUUUUUGAAAUAGUAGUCAUCGUUCGUUAUCGUCGUCAUCAUUGUCGUUGUCAUUGUUGUUGUCCACUCGCUCUCGCUCUCUUGCAAUCGGUGCAAUAAUGGAAAAUAAUUUGUCCGCGUGUUAGUUUUGAAUCAAGUGAAACCAAUUGAAUGAGUGUUACACGAGUGCGCGGAUUGUGUAUAGUUCCAGUGCCAGUAUUUAUGAGAAGCUGUGAAACAAAUGUGUAAAUGAAUGCAAUUUAUUUUAAUGCAUUUGAUUCACUUUAAAUUGAAAAUAUAUGUGGCGAUGGUGUCAUAUUAGAUGGAGUGCAUUGUGUGAGGCUCUUGUAAUGAACUCGCUGACGCUGCUAUUGCAAUUAGACUAAAAUACAAAUAUUCAGCGCCCCAAUUUUCCAUGAAAGAGACGCAAACAAGAACAACAGCAACAACAGAAAACGAACCAAAUCACAUAUCGAAGCUGGUAGCACGCUCGUUUGCAGCGAAAAAAAGUCACAAACUUUAGUUUCGUGUCGCUGAUUAAAUAUGCAUAAAACCGCUUUUAAACUGACCACACAAAUUUAUAAAAGUUGUGAACCUGUGUAUUGAUUACAUCGAAACAAAAUUUAUUAAGGUCAUGAAAAAUUAAUGAGUUGAAGCAAACAAGAACAAAAAUAACAACAAUAACAACACACACACACACACACAGCUAGUAAAUAAUUUAUUCGGUGAAGUUUUGUUGUUGGUGAAAAUAAAAUGAAUUUCAUUUGAAAUUCGCUAGCUUCCAACUGCAGGCGAGUCGAACUUUUGUGACAAGUGACUCGGUUUGUUUUUCUCCUCGAAAACACUCAAUCGUUAAUGUGCACCGUGUAUCCAUCAGCGUACUACGACCAAAAUGAACACACGAAAUUUGGUAACAUCGUUAUCACAAACUCUGGACACCAGUUGCACGGAUUUUCCCGAUGGCUUCGAGGAAACGCAACAGCUACAGGGUUCAGCGGACUCGAAUUAUUCGCAGCCUUCGUCCGAUCUAUCGCUAGAUGAGGAAAAAGAAUCGCUUCGACGAGAAAAGGAGCGGCAAGCGUUAAGCCAAUUGGAGAAAGCACGAAAUAAACCUGUGGCAUUUGCUGUUCGAACAAAUGUGUCAUAUGAUGGCAAUAUUGACGAUGACUCACCCGUACAUGGAAGUGCUGUAUCAUUUGAUGUUAGGGACUUUCUUCACAUUAAGGAAAAGUAUGACAAUAACUGGUGGAUCGGCAGACUGGUCAAAGAAGGCUGUGAUGUUGGAUUCAUACCUAGUCCAGUUAAAUUGGAACACAUACGAAUGCAGGCAUCGGCAGCAAGAUCAUCGAGACUGUACGCAACAAAAGGCUCAUCUAGUGGUAAUUUAGGUGGAAAUGCAGAAGCGUCACGUGGUAGCACACCGCCAACACCUGGCGAUGAGUCUGAUUCAAUGGGUCCAUCACGACACGGUAAAACGCCGUUAGCAACGCCUCCAACCAAGGAGAAACGAAAGCCAUUCUUUAAAAAACAGGAAACUUCGUCACCGUACGACGUGGUGCCGUCAAUGCGACCAGUUGUUCUAGUGGGUCCAAGUCUGAAAGGUUAUGAAGUCACCGAUAUGAUGCAAAAAGCUUUAUUCGACUUUCUUAAGCAUCGUUUCGAAGGCCGAAUCAUCAUCACACGUGUUAUGGCUGAUAUUUCAUUGGCAAAACGUUCAUUAAUGAAUAAUCCAUCAAAACGGGCAAUCAUGGAACGAUCGAACAGCCGUUCAUCGUGUUUAGCCGAAGUUCAAGCGGAAAUUGAACGAAUUUUUGAACUGGCACGAACACUACAAUUGGUCGUAUUAGAUUGUGAUACCAUUAACCAUCCGUCACAAUUAGCAAAAACUUCACUAGCACCGACGAUAGUCUAUUUAAAAAUUACUAGCACUAAGGUAUUACAACGUUUAAUCAAAUCGCGUGGUAAAGCCCAGGCGAAAAAUUUGUCUGUACAAAUGGUAGCUGCUGAAAAAUUGAGUCAAUGUCCGCCGGAAAUGUUUGAUGUGAUAUUAGAUGAAAAUCAGUUAGAGGAUGCUUGUGAGCAUAUAGCUGAAUAUUUAGAGGCUUAUUGGCGUGCGACACAUCCACCCGAACGAACUCAAGCAGCAACAAUAUCCCGAAACUUACCAUCGCAAGAGGUAUCGCCAACUGGCGAUGCCGACCGAAUGGGACCACCAGAGCGAGAACAAUACGGAAAUCGUAAUGAUAGAGAUAGAGACAGAGAUAGAGAACGAGGCCCAUCGUAUCAUCACAAUCGGCGUGCAAUCCAGGAACGAGAACGGGUUGAACGGGAUCGUGAAAGGAUCCAUGCACGUGAACGCGAACUGGCCGCUCAAUAUGACCUGCACGACGACGAAAUCCUUAGCAAUCGCGGCCAUUUGAACACAAUGCCAGCGACCACACACAUUCGACACACAAAUGAGGAUCGAGAAUUGUCGCGUGAUGAUCGAUAUCCAUUAACGGCACAAUCAUCGCAUUUAGCAUCGGCAAACCGGCGAGAUCGAACCGCCGACGAUUACAGUCCGCACCGUGGCGGUGGGAGCAACAGAAGAGUGCUGAACGCCAUGUAGGAGUCGUGGAUUUAGGAGUGGCCACAAGUCGACGACGAUUUUGAUGAUUGAAGAUGUUUUCGCUGGUUUUUUUUUCCUUUUUCUUUUGCAUUUAUUCACAGUUUCAGUGUUCUGAGUACGAAUCUUCUGUUUAACCUCAUCCAAAAACGUUUGGAUGGUUUUACUCUCUUUUGUUGAUUCAAGUUUUUCCCUGUGAUUUUAUAGUUACUGUGACUGUUUGAAAGAAGUGGUUUUAAAAUGCCAAAAUGUUAACAACUUAGCUGAAACGAAACGCACGACGUAACACCAUUUCCACCACCAAGACCAAUAGAAUAAUCCGUAGUCCAUAUACUUUUCGAAAGUUAAUGAAAAAACAAAAACUAAACAAAAGAAGAAAAUCCAUGUGCCAAAAAAAACUUAUUUUCCAGUUUUUAGAGACUGAAAUCAGAGUAGAGAUUUCGCCAUUUCACCCGUCGAAACUUCUCGUUUUGCAAAAGAAUCCAACUCAAGUGUAAAUAGAAUUUAUUUUGGCAAAGUUUGGCAUCAAAAACUUUGCGUUUGAUCAGCUCUUGUGUACAAUAUAUUCUAAAUGUUUGCACACAACAAAAAUGUAGCGAAUGUUCGAGUGCAUGAUUCCGAGUGUGUUAUUUGAGAGCCAAAGUUUGGUAGAAUAUGUUCAGAGACGUUUAACUGCAUUUUUACUUUGAUUUACUACGAAAAGUGUGGUGCAAACAUUAGAUAUGGCGAAAUGAAUGAACUCGAGCUUGAAGAAUAAUUCCGACAAGAGCAUUGAAUUCAUACAGCAUCCAUGCGUCGUGCGGAACAGUUACAGCUUACUUCCAUUUAAAAUGGAUCCAAAAUGAGUUCGUAUCGGUUAUUAUUGGCAUCAAAUUGACUAAUGCAUUAGUGAUGACCGCCCAUGCUUAUUUAAAAUACUUUUUAGUGAACUGCAUAUGCGUAGAACUGACCAAUUUUAAUCUAGUUUUCCUUAUGUCAUAGUUUCCGUUUUUAUUUUCAUUUUGAUCGAAAAGGAAAAAAAAACUAUCUUCAAAAAUCAAAAUCCAAUGAAACAUCAACAAAUUCCGUAAUUGCUGACCGAAUCAAUUGGUUGGCGAAGGAAGAAUCAACAAUUAAACACACACAACAUUCAUUAGGCAUUUAGACACUAGCAGAUUGUAUAUUUGAUUGGUAAUUUGUCGUUAGUUUGUGACAUGACUAAGAAAAUCGUUGAUAUUCUAAAAAAAAGAAAGUUUUUUCAGUUGUGGUCAAUCAAUGUGGCCUGCCUAUGUUCGUGAUGAAUUUCGGUUGGUUUCUGUGCAUUUUGUCUAUUGAAUUUGAUAUUGGGAAAAUAUUCGAUGUGUGUUUAAUUUGAUUUGUCGUCUUGUUCCACUCCUAAGUACUUUGUAUGUCGUAUCUCACCGCCAUCGAAUGUCAACUGUGUGGUGAACGGGCGCAAUGGUCGAGUGCAACCCACAGAACUUGGGCAUUAUUCCACGCUGCGCCAAAAGCAUGACAUACAAUUAUUCAAUGACAUUAAAUUAAGCAAAAAAAUUCAUUAUCUUCGUUUGGAUAUUUGAGUUUUUCGUCGAAUUUAUUGUCAUUAGUUUUAAUAAAUUUGGUUUUUUUUCCAAAACAAACAACCAACAAAAUAGAUGAAUUCUAUUGCGAAUGAAUGUAAAAUUGUUACCGAAGUUUUACGCAGAGAAUCCAAGACAUUCAUGCAAAACUUAGCAAAACCCUUUGAUGGAGUCUAAUUUGAAAGUAAAUGAGAUCUAGUUAAAAAAAAAAGAGAAGUGAAAAUUUAAACAAAUAAAAUCGUUGAACUACAAGAAAAGAAUGAAAAGUUGAGAAAAAAGCUUUAUACCGAUAAGUAAUCGAUUUCAGUAAUUUAUCAUUAGAAAAAAAAAAUACAUUUUGAACAAAAAGAAACUCACACACAUUGAAAAGAUGAAGAAAAAAAAACAAAUACAAUUUUUCUGCGGCGAAUAAAUAAUCUAGUUGUAAACGAUCUACACAAAAAAAAAAUAUUACGGUUAUUUCGAUGAUGAGAUUAAAAAUAUGUCGGUCACUGUUUUUUUGUAUACAUUUUCUCUUAUAAAUAAUACAAUCAUAUUCAUAAAGAUUUGUUUAAGUCAAACACACACAUUUGAACCAGAAAUACACAGAGUAUUUGCCCGGAAUCUAGAGAUUGUUGGCUUAUGCGUGCGCAAAAGGUUAAAUAGAACAAAAAAUAUUUAAGAAAAAAUGGAAGAAAAAUAAGAUGAACUAACCAAAUUUGUAAAUAUUAUUGUAUUAGAUUUAAUGAAACAAACAAGUAAAUCAUAAUCUUAUUGAGCUUUCGAUUUAUAGCAAAACAGAAUGCAAAUGCAAUAGACGAAUUUCAAAUCCUUCGAUUGAAUAAACAGAAAAUAAGAAACAAACAAAGAAGAAGUAAAACAAUCGCCACCGCAAGCUUGGUGAAUAUCCCCUUCGAAUGCACUCAUUUCAUGUCUAUAACUAUGCGCGCGCGCACAAAAUGCAUAGAAGCGACACGCGUUCCACGGUCGGUGUUGUUGUGUUGUUUUCUUUUUCUAACUAUCUCUCUAUCGACCGAGAAGAGCGUGACGAAAAACUCGAUUUUUAAUCCAACACAAAUACUAUUUGCAGUUUUUAGCCAUGGACCACGAAAUGCUCUUAAAUUGUCCAACUGUCGUCUUUUUGUGUUCAAAACUCUUUCGAUACAUUUUCCAACAUACGAACAAGUAACCAGGGAAACAACACUCUAAUGUCUCCUCUUGCUUUUGCUCUCUGUCUGUCUCUGAAUCAGAGACUCUGAUGACCCAGAAAUUUAAACAAGUAUCAUCUGGGAUGAUUCAUCCUCUUGAAAUUUUUGGGCAAACAAUCGGGCGAACCAUUUGAACAGACUUUGUUCAUUUUGUCCAAAAUCACACAAUCCCAACUAACCCAUUACUUACCAAGCAUUUGAUUUCUUGUACACAAGGUUCGAUUUUUUAAAAACUUGUUAAUCAAUGGGUUAAGAGCAAAAAGACGAGAGAGGGUAUCAUUAUUUUGUUGUAUUUGGAACUUAAUUUGAGAUUCAAUUGGUUAUAUCACAAACGAAAGAGCCGCAAUGAACACAUGAACGGGAUAAAGAGAAAGAACAAGUAAAAAAACUAAAUACUUACUUAAAAUAAAAAAAGCUACCAAUUGCCUUGCACUGAAUUAUUUUAAUUGUAAAGUAUCGAUUUUUUUCUAUAUUCAAAAUGCAUUGAAGAUGAGAUGAAACGAUAAAAGAAGUUAGCUAAACAAAAAUGGGAGAAGGAAAAAAUAGAAACACACACAAAUAAAUGCUGGGACAACCCAAAAGGAGAUAGAAUUUAGCCAACAAUUUGUAUUUAAAAAAAAUAACAUUUAAAAAACAAACCUUAUAGAUAAACCUUUUUCGUGCGAUAAAAUUUAAUGAAAAAACCAAAAUAUUGUUCUAGUCGAAUGAAGAAAUGAGAGGAAACAAAUGUACGGAAUCAAAGCAAAACAAUCUUUUAAACAUAGAAUUUCCAAUAAUUUUCAUUGUCGUUUUUGCUACGUGCUCACAACAUCAUCAUCAUCAUCAUCGUAAUCACCUGACUACUGCUGUACAGGCUGAAUAUUCAUUCCAAGUUCGUUUUAUUUUUCGUUUCACCCGGAAUUCCCAAACGCUUUUUUCUCUCAAAAUCAACGAUACUCUCUAGAACAGAACGUAUCGUUUUGGACUAUAUAACGACAAAGAAAUGCCCUAAUUUGUAAUUUUUCCAUUGCUUUUAAUGCUUCGAAACAACAGAAAAUAUUCAAAAAAAAUAUGAAACAAAAUGAAUCGUUGACAAUUUCCUUUUGAACAUGAAUUUAAAGAUUUAAACUAGCAAAUAUCGAGAGAUCACACGCCCAUUUCAGCUGAAAUUGUUUUUUAGACUACAGUUUUGUUGAAAAUGUGUGCAAAGUUUUUUUUUCGAAGAUGAAUUAAAAAAAAAGUAAAUAAAAACAUUUCUAUUGAUAUUAGAAGAAGAAGAAAAAACUACAAAAAAUUAAAGAAAAAAAGUAAAUCUAAAAAUUGAAACGAUAUCUAGAUAGCCUACAAAUGAAAAAUUUAUUCAUUUUUUUCAAAAAAGAAAUAAAAAAAAAAGAAGAAAAAAAAUGAAAAAUACUGUAAGAAAGGAAAAGCAGCCGAAUAAUUGAACAAAAAUGCCAUAUUUCUGGGCAACAGAUAUAGAAGUGGUGUUGUUGGUUUUUUUUCCCUUUAUGACGACGAUUUCGAUCAAGUGUAAUGAUAAAUCUUCUGUAUUCUGAUGCUUUACAACCACAUUUUGUAAAUAAAUGUAUAGCGAAUGAAAUUUCGGAUUCUAAUCUCAAUUCUCAACAAAAUUGAAUAAAUAUAUCUAAGGAGGCUUUAGCUUCUAGUACUUUGAAUCGUAACGAGACACACACAAACACAACCAUCUCAAAAUGCUGAGAGCGAGUGGCGCGCCGAGAUUUCUCUCUCUAACUCUUGCACAUACUCAUUACUCACACCGAAACCAGAUAAAUGGUCAGAUUAAAAUAAAUGACAUUGUAUUGCUUACACAUCGAAGAACCCAUAGCUCAUACAUAAAAUCAGAUCUCUCCGGAACCAACAAAAUGAACCAAAUAUCUAUAGAGAACAUCUUUUUAAAAAAGAAAACAAAAUGCACUUUUUAUAGCUGUCGUUUCAGUUGACAUCGUUUAGUUUACAAUGCGUUUAUUAUUAUCAUGAUGAAAAGAAAGAAUAAAUAAGCAAAAUAUAUGAGGUUGUUGU